GAUUGGUUUUUAUUUUAAGAGUGACCACAUAAAUUUAUCUCUAAAUUUCGUUAGUGAAUGUAAUAAUGGGCAAGAAGAACAAGGAUUCGCUAGGCCGAUCGCUGAUUAAAGAUAGAUUCUCCAAAAACAGACAUCGUAAACAUGUCGAGGACAACACAAUGCUGCACACAACAGAAGUAAACGAUGGCUACGACUGGGGCCGUUUGAAUUUACAAUCUGUCACCGCCGAGUCCUCCCUCCAAGAGUUUCUCUCCACCGCUGAGCUGGCGCAACGAGAAUUCACUGCAGAAAAGCUCAAUUUGAAAUAUGUACAGUUGGCACCCAGAGAAGUACAAACAGUUACUUCGCAGCCCAACUUUGAUGAGCCCCUGACAGUCCCUAGAAGACCUGAAUGGCAACCGGGUAUUACAGCAGAAGAGCAGCUGAAUAGAGAGCGUGAAUCAUUCCUUAACUGGAAACGUCAUCUAAAUGAAUUGCAGGCUAAACUUGGUGCUGCUCUGACACCUUAUGAAAGAAACCUGGAACUCUGGAAACAGCUUUGGAGGACAUUGGAGAAAUCUGAUAUAGUACUCAUAUUGCUGGAUGCUAGGAAUCCUUUAUUGUUUAGAUGCUCAGAUUUAGAAACAUAUGCAUCAGAGCACAACUGCAAGUGUAUAUUGCUUCUGAACAAAGCUGAUUUGACCACUGAAUAUCAAAGGAAAUGCUGGGCAGAGUAUUUUAGUAAAGAGAAAGUCCCAGUAAUAUUUUUCUCAGCAGCUAAAAGUUCAAAAGAUAGAAAAAUUUCUGAAGAAAGUGAUCAAACAACUUCUGAGAAAGACAAUCAACAUGAUUCUGGUGCAGAAUCUGCUGAUUUUGACUCUGAAGAUGAAAUUGAUGAAAAGGAUGCUGUUAAGAGCACAGAAGAAGAUAUAGAAUUGUUUAAAAGUCGACUGGGAGAUCUUAAUACCAUUGUUUCAAACACAGCUUAUAAAAUUGAUAAGAUACAAGAAACCUUAGAUAAGGUUUUAGAAAACUUUAGACUGGGUAAACCAAUAGAAACUGUACCAACUAAUGCACAGGACACACAAAUUGGUGAUGACAAAGAAAAAGAAAAAGAAAGUUGUGAAAAUAUAGAUAAUAAUUUAUAUGUGCAUAACUCGCCUGAAAUUUUCAACAGGGAAAAACUGUUAGAAGUUUUAAAAGGACAGAAGAUUGGUGUUCUAAAUAAUCCUCCCAGAUUGACUGUAGGAAUGAUUGGUUACCCCAAUGUGGGUAAAUCAAGUACUGUAAAUAUUUUAAUGCAGACUAAAAAAGUAAGCGUGAGUUCCAUGCCGGGGCAUACACGCCAUAUCCAAACCCUAAUCUUGGAUGAAGAUAUAGUAUUAUUGGACUGUCCCGGGUUGGUGUUACCAGCAUAUGCUAUAGCACCCGAUCUUUUGCUCACAGCUGUGUUGCCUAUUGAUCAGAUGCGAGCCCAUGACGCGGCGAUGGCGCGUCUUUGCCAGCUGGUCAGUCGUCACACGUUCGAACAGAAGUAUGGGCUGCUGUUGCCGCAAGACCAGGCGGGAGACCUGGAUUAUAAGCAGAUACUUACUGCUCAUGCAUUCAAUAGAGGCUUCAUGACGGCGGCCGGUCAGCCGGACCAAUCGAGAUCAGCUCGGCUCCUACUUAAAGACGCGGCCAGUGGUCGACUAAGUUGGGAACAACUGCCGCCCGGCUACCAGGCGCAGCAAAUUGACGAUAUGCUAGAGGAACGCAAGAACGAGAAGAGGAAACCUACGCCCAGAGAAGCCAGGGCUGUUGAAGGCUGGCUUAAUACAUCAGCUGAAAUCGAUAAAACAUUCUUCGCCAUGCAGAAGAGCACGGCACACGUCAAAGGAAAACCUGUUAUGGGGGUAGCAGGAGCACAGCCAGCUAGCAGCCGCGUCGGAGUCCUGAACAAGCCCUGGAAGCAAGAAAAGAGACACGCCAACAAAAACAAAAGGGAAAAGCUUAGAAGAGUCUACGCUCAUCUUGAUGAACAUUAGA